AUGCAAAGGGCUACAAAUGUACAACAUUACACUGCUGCAGAUGGAAAUGGAACUAUCUGGCUUGAUGAUGUUGCUUGCAAUGGCCAAGAAAAUAGACUUGACUACUGCAAUCAUAAAGGAUGGAGUGUGCAUAAUUGUGGACAUAACGAGGACGUUGGUGUAAGAUGUUAUGGUGAUUACGGUAGUUUAGAAGGUGAUCUACGAUUACUUGGAGAAAAUAAUCCAGAAGAAGGACGCCUCGAGAUUUACCACAAUUCUCAAUGGGGAACAAUAUGUGAUGACGGUUUCGGAGCCACGGAUGCUGUUGUAGCUUGUCGACAACUUGGUUACAGGACAUCGACUCCAACAGUGUACACAUAUGGUGGUGGAAUAGACCCAGUAUGGUUAGAUGACAUGGCAUGCAAUGGUACCGAAAGGAGAAUUGCUAAUUGUAGGCAUCCAGGUUGGGGUGUCGAAAAUUGUGGCCAUAGCGAAGAUGUUGGUGUAAGAUGUACAGGGGAAUAUGGUGUAAAUGGUAAUUGGGGUUAUUGGUCCGCGUGGUCACCUUGCAAUUCAACUUGUGGUUCUGGUACAAGACAUAGAACAAGACGAUGUGACACUCCUUUUCCAGCAUUUGGUGGAUCAUCGUGUACUGGAAACUCAGGGCAAUCCCAAACGUGUUCUGGAAGUUCUUGUCCAGUGAGUGGAAAUUGGGGAUCAUGGUCGGACUGGACAAUCUGCAGUUCUAGUUGUGAUUCUGGCCAUCAAAGGAGAUCCCGUCUCUGUAAUGAACCGGUACCAUCAUCAAAUGGGGCAUACUGUAAUGGAAAUUCAUUCGAAGUACUAAACUGCAGCAUUGAAAGAUGUACAGGUACGGCAGGCUCUUGA